ACUACUCGCUGUUAACGGAAUUUAUUCUGAAAAGGACAUUGAACAAUUAAGGGAACACAUUAUGUUUCCUGCUGAGAAGCCAGCUGUGCUUAACUCUAUCGCUAGAGGAUUGACCGGACAUUCAUUUGACCCAAAUGCUGUCUCAUUGUACAACAUGUUGGAUGAAAACGCUCUAAAUAAAAUUGCCGAGUCCGCAGCCUCUAGGGUCUGGAAGGGAUUUGUCUCUUUUAGAUCAGCCACAGCCGGAUUGUUUGGAAUAUUCUUAAUCGUACAAUUGAUUAAGAUUAUCAUUGACACAACUAUUCAUGGAUACGCCCUACAUACUGUCUAUGGAUGCAGUAUGCACUUGCUUGGAGCCCUAUGGAGUUCCAUUACACACCUGCUUCUCCAUUUGGCCAGAGGACCCAUUGACAAGGACAAAGAGCAACAACUUGAUAACCAGGACGCAACACCCAAGCUGAUGAGCACGAUCAAGGAUCACCAGAUCACCAUCAGCAGCCCUACCUGCCCAGUCGAGGACCAACCUCAUCUCAGCGAAACACCGAUUAUUGUAACUACCCCAACUACUUAA